AUGAGCAUCUUCAAGUUCAUGGUCUUGGCUGCUAUUGCUGCUACUGCCAUGGCGGCGCCGAGGUACAAGAGAGUCGGAUGCUAUCGCGAUGCGGACAUGGGAGGAGGAGAGCGGGUGAUCCCGUCUCUGGAGCACACGGACGCGAGGCUGAACGACAACUAUCGCUUCAGACGUGCCCCCAUCAACAGCUGCGCGCAAGUGGCAUGGGACAGAAAACUCCCUGGGUUUGUCCUGCAGGCAAGUGCAAGAGCAGUCGCCUUCCUCUAUCCCUUCCCGCUGACUCGUCGACCUUUCGGGCAGGAUGGCGGAUGGUGCGGAGGGUCUGAGAACAUGCUCACAAGGUACAACAUGUUCGGAGAGGCUGAGAACAUGUCGCCGCCUUAUGAUUGCGUCAAUGGGCGGGGAGGGUUGUGGUCCAACGACGUCUACAUCUUCACAGAGAGAGAGGCAGAGAAAGAGGAGAUCUGA